CAAACACAAAUCAUCCCUCACGAACAUAACCCUCACGAAAUAAUGCCUCUUUUUGGAUCCACCACGACCCGCACCACCUCAGUCCCCACGCGCAGACGGGGCCUGUUCCAGCGUACCAAGCCUAGUCGUACCACCCGCAUCAAGAAUGCGAUUGACCCCACGGUGACCACGACUACCCACACCACUCGCGUCCCCUUCAUGACCAGAGUCAAGCGGACGCUCGGUAUCAGAAGCAAGCCAAAGCGCCGCGGCACUUUUUCACGCUUCCAGCCUCGCACUCGUCGCACCCGCCAAACUACCUUGAUCUAA